AUGAUAAGCUCUAAGUUACUGUGCAGAAUAAGCAUACAUGGUUCAAUGAGCUGGGUUCCCUCUGCAUGUCCCUGUGCUGUGAGCAGCCCAACAUACAUAGCUAAGGGGUCCUGUCCUCGACAGGAGGACCAGGGUGCUCCCAUUCCCCAGCAAGGACCGAGGUUCCCCUGCCUGUUCUGUGCACUGACUGGACAGCUGGUCCCAUCCCCUCUGAAGGAAGUGCGUUCAUCUCCCCGUGCCCUGCAGAAUUCUUUUGUGAGUGAUCACUCCCAGGAGAGCACCCUGCCCUCAGCCUACACAGCCUCCCAUAAACACCUGCGCCUUUCGCCCCAUGUGGUUGAGAACAGAGGCCUGGACUCAGGGAAGAGAAGGCCAGGUCAGGAUUCAGAACGCGCUGGCCCAGGUCCUGUCCCACAGGAAGAGGGUUUACAUGCAUGUUAUCAUAAGCCCCAGGGCAAGGACAGAGCUCAACAAGUAUGCAAGUGA